AUGAUCUCAUACACUUACACUGAGAUCAACCUGAUCUCACUCUCUGAGGGAAACACUACAUUAUUCUCUAAAGUGCAUACACCUCUAUUCUGGCAGGAAUCUGAGAUUUCUGAACCUGCUGCACAUUUUGACAUGAGCUCUUCAACUGCUCUGCCACCGCCGCGGCCUCUACACACCUACAUCUAUUAUGAAGAUAGAGAGAUUAAGGUCAGAGAUUCACUGAGAUAUAAGAAAAACAUCUUGUCUGAAUUUCACAGCUUUAUCUGUAUUCUUGAACAGAAAUUCUGCCUUAACCUGAGCACCUCUGCAACUACUUGA